CUUCGUCUUUUCCCUAUCCGUCGCAGCAGUGUUGUUGUUCCCGCCGGUCCGUGCGUCCGCGUGCAUUGUCGUCGUCGUUGCUCGCGAUCCAACCCGUGCUCGUUCUGUAGGUACCUAACCAUAAUAAUAUUUAAGUAAUAUUAUAUUGUUGGUGAUAUUUUAAUGCACACGUGAUGUUUUUUUUCUCUCGUUAAAAUUGUGUUUAUUUUUAUAUCAAAAUAUAUAUUGUUACAUUUACAGUGCUCCACAAAAAGUGCCGUUUUAUUAGUUUUUAUAUGUUUUUUUGGUUUUUAUCUAUUUUAUGGUGUUAAUUGUUAAAUUAAAAUAGUUAAUAUUGUCUUAAUAGUGUUGUGCAGCUACUUUACUUAUUAUAUUUUAAAUCUUGCGAAUUUGUCGUUUUUGUUUUUUUUUUUUUUUAAUAAAUUUAAACAUUUAAAGGCAUACUGAAAGAACGAAACGAACAGUUAGAUGACUGGGGCUCCGACAAAGGAUAUAAUGUGAACACUGGAGCGCUGAAGGAGCAUUGUUAUAUUAUAUAAGUGCAAAUGUCGCCGUACAGCAGGGAACACCACACGGCCGUCGUAGCGCCUAUUUCGGCAGUGUCACCUGUGAUCGAAGAGUUUGGCAGUAACAAGAAAGACGACGUCGCCGCAGCCGCUGCCGGUGGACUACCGCCUUACCACCAUAAGUACUCUGAGUCUGGAAAACCCGCCGCCGGAUAUACCAAUGGGUUCUCGUUGCUCCGCCGAUUGUUGCGUUGGUGGCUCGCCCGAUUUGGUCAAAAGCCGUUGGUUAAAAAAGGUGUAUUGGAGAUGAGCGCUGCGACCGAAAGUGGUAUCCGGUUGAGCGGACAUACUCUAGACAAGGCCACCAAGGCCAAAGUCACCCUUGAGAAUUACUACAGCAAUCUGAUCGCUCAGCACAUUGAACGGAAACAGAGGUUAGCGAAACUUGAGGAAACAUUAAAGGAUGAAAGCCUGUCGGAGCAACAAAAACAAGAAAAACGACAGCAACAUGCGCAAAAAGAAUCAGAAUUUCUUAGGCUUAAGAGAUCGAGACUUGGGGUAGAAGAUUUCGAACCGUUAAAGGUCAUUGGUCGUGGUGCUUUUGGAGAGGUGAGACUAGUACAAAAGAAAGACACUGGUCAUAUAUACGCCAUGAAAAUCCUACGCAAAGCCGACAUGCUUGAAAAGGAACAAGUGGCCCACGUCCGUGCAGAAAGGGAUGUUCUCGUCGAAGCUGAUCACCAGUGGGUCGUUAAAAUGUACUAUAGUUUUCAGGAUCCAAUAAACCUUUACCUUAUAAUGGAGUUCCUUCCUGGUGGUGACAUGAUGACGCUACUCAUGAAAAAAGACACACUUAGUGAGGAGUGUACGCAGUUUUAUAUCGCCGAAACCGCGUUGGCUAUUGAUUCUAUACACAAACUCGGAUUUAUACACAGGGAUAUAAAACCCGACAAUCUACUAUUAGACGCCAGGGGCCACAUAAAAUUGUCCGAUUUUGGACUGUGCACCGGCCUGAAAAAGUCGCACAGGACGGAUUUUUACAGAGAUCUGAGCCAGGCUAAACCGUCGGAUUUCAGUUUUUUCUGUUCGCCAGCAUCGAGUCCUAUGGACAGCAAACGGCGUGCGGAGAGCUGGAAGAGAAAUCGCCGGGCGCUGGCCUACAGCACCGUCGGAACGCCGGAUUACAUUGCGCCCGAAGUAUUCCUCCAGACCGGUUACGGUCCGGCUUGUGAUUGGUGGAGUGUCGGUGUCAUCAUGUACGAAAUGCUAAUCGGGUACCCACCGUUCUGCAGCGAAAAUCCACAGGAAACGUACAGGAAGGUUAUGAACUGGCGAGAAACGCUGAGCUUCCCAGCCGAAGUGCCCAUCAGUGAGGAGGCCCGUGACGCAAUCACCCGAUUCUGUUGCGAAUCAGACCGCCGUCUCGGUUACAGCGGUCGUGGCAUCGACGAUCUCCGAUCAACGAUAGCGUUCUUCCGUGGCGUCGACUGGGAACACAUCAGAGAACGUCCGGCUGCCAUACCUGUUCAGGUCAAGUCUAUCGACGACACGUCCAACUUCGAUGACUUCCCGGAUGUCAAGCUUGAAAUACCAUCGGCACCGAUAUCCCAAGAUGGUGAAGUGAUCUACAAAGACUGGGUGUUCAUCAACUACACGUUUAAGCGGUUCGAGGGGCUCACUCAGCGGGGCAUAGCUACCAAAAAGUGAUUUUAAACAACGUUAACGAUAGUGCAAUGUGAUAUUUUUAUCUAACCCCCUACGCUUUCCUCCUUAUCCCAACCUUACAACCACCCCUAUAUCCCUUACCCCAACAACGUCCUAUCCCAACCCAACCCCUUAUCCACUCCAACCUACAUACCACGAAUCCUCUACCAUCCCUAUCACCAUUAGUUGGCAUGCAGACUUUAUGAUCUCAAGAAGAAAAGUGUUUUCUUCUCAGCGAUAAAAAAAAAACCAAUUGAAGAUUUCCAAAGACCAAAUGUUUUUUUUUUUUAAUAUAUUUAUAUGUAUGAUAAUCUGUGUAAUCGAUAAUACAUAUUUGUAAUCCAUUCACCGUCAAACACACAAAAAACGCGGGUAUAUUGUGUAGCGUUAAAUUUAAAUGUUCGCAAUGUUCAUUGAUAUUAUUGCACACUAAAAUUAUUUCUUAAGCUUCAUCUAGUCAACUCCUUCGUUUUUUCAUUCUCUUGAACAACUCGAAAUUAAACCAUAUACGCGUUAAUUUAUUUAUCGUAACACGUUCGGAAUCACUGCAAAAAUAUAAAAUAAAUAAUAUUAAUUAAUGUGCUAGGUGACAAGACAUUAGUGUGUACAUAUUAUACUAUUAUCCGUGUACCCUGUACAAUAUGGCCUCUGGAGCAUUGGUCGCUGGUGCUCAGGCGUGGUCAUUCCACAACCGCCUACAGGGAUUGCAGACGUGUAUAAAUGUUGUCCUCGUGCUUAUCAUUCGAGGGGACGUCGAACGUUCGGGACAAUAUUAUUUUUUUAGUGAAACCAUUCGAAUCUUGCCCUUUGACGAGUGUAAAAAAAAAGUUGAUUCUUACGCACUUUUAGCAUGUUCCUAAACUAUAGGUAGUGGUAGCCAAUGAAUAAUUAAUCAUCGGACAACAAGGCCGAAAGCGAUUGACCCCCGGGACAGGUUAGACUUAAGAUUUGUUUUGAUUAUUAUUAAUUUUUCGAUCUGAAUUUUGUUUGUUUACGUGUAGACGUUAGUUUUAACAGUUGUGAUAUUCGCAAAGUUAAUUAUUAUUGUUUGUUCGUAAUUUUUUUUUAUGAUUAUUAUUAUUAUUAUUAUUAUUACUAUUAAUUAUUAUUAUUAUUAUAUUAUUAUUACGUACAUGACGCUGUUUAUCGUUUUUUAUGUGGCGGUUUUAUAUAAUAAUAAAACUGUCGUCUUCUCAAUACUCCUCAUUAGACCACUAUCUGAUUAGAGUCAAAAUCUGUCGUAUAUAUAUAUAUAUGAAAAAAAAUAUAUUAUAUUUUUCAGUACCUAUGUAAAUUUAAAUUUUAAAGCGUGUGUAUUUUUUUUCACUUAUUAUUUUUAUUUUUUGUUUUUUUUUUUUUUUUUUGUUCUCGAAAUAUCGUUGAAUGUUUUUUCUGUGUGUAAAUAUAUGAAUGGAAUGCUUACCGCAAAUGUUCAAAUAAACACCAUCAUCUAUGUCGUGUGAUACUUCCCGAAUAAAAUGUAUUAUUAUUUGGA